AUGGAGUGCAAUAAAGAUGAGGCUACCAGGGCGAAAGAAAUUGCUGAGAGAAAGUUUGCUGCAAAGGAUAUAUCGGGUGCAAAGAAAUUUGCUUUGAAGGCCCUAAAUUUAUUUCCUGAACUUGAGGGUAUUUCUCAAAUGGUAGCAACACUUGAUGUGUAUAUUUCAGCCGAGAACAAAACAAAUGGAGAAGCAGAUUGGUAUGGUGUACUUGGUGUGGAUUCCUUUGCUGAUGAUGAUACGGUCAGGAGACAGUACAGGAAGCUAGCUCUCAUGCUUCACCCUGAUAAGAACAAGUCCGUUGGAGCUGAUGGGGCAUUUAAGCUUGUUUCAGAGGCAUGGAGUUUACUAUCAGAUAAGGCUAAAAGGGCAGCUUAUGACAAGAGAAGUGGAAAAGAACGGAAAGCUUCUACUAAGUUCGGAGGUUCAUCAACACAGAAAAGGACUAAUGGUAGCUACAAUUUUACUAAAACUACCCCUUCAAGUGCAACUGCUCAUAAGAAUACUGCUAAAGAUCACACUUCAUCUUCUACUCAUAAGUCAAAAUCAAGUACAUUUUGGACCGUCUGCUCUCGAUGCAAAAUGCAAUAUGAGUAUCUUAGAGUUUAUAUUAACCUUAAACUCUUAUGUCCCAACUGCCGUGCAGCAUUUGUGGCUGUGGAGACUGCUCCUCCACCUGCAAGUGGUAUUAGACCUGCAACUCAAUGGAAUUUUGCACAGAAGAAGCAAAAUUCCAACCGCCAAGUACCUAACAAAAGCAAAUCUAGUGCCGGAAAGAAUAACAUGGCGGCUCCAAAUGUUGGAGCAGGGUCUUAUAGUAAGACUGAAGCAGCCAGUUUUCAGUGGUCUGCAUUCUCAAAAUCAUCCGGUGUUUCCAAUGUGGCUCAGGCUGCAAGUGUGGUUCAGCAAGCAUAUGAUAAAGUGAAGCGAGAUCGUGAGGAGGCACAAGCAGCUAGCAAAAGGGAAGAGGCCUUAAAAAGGAAGCAGCAUGUUUCUAAAAAGGGUUACUCUAAUCCUGCUAAGAAAAGAAGAGGGGGCAUGGAGGAUGCAAGUGCAAGUGGUGGUAAGGAAAAUCGAAUGGGUGGGGGAACAAACUCAUCCAAACAGGCUAAUUUUGAAUAUAAUAGGGUUAAUGGAACCAACAAGACUGACUGUGUGAGGUAUGUCUCCCCAGAUGAACUUCGGAAUCUUCUUAUGGAGAAAGCUAGAAAAGAAAUUAGCAAUAAACUCAGGGAAAAUCAGUCAAAUGUUGUUGAUAAAACAGUGGUGAAAGAGAGUGGAAAUGACUUACAUAAAGUUAACGAGAAAGGAGAAAAAUGUUUAAGAAACUCUGAGAUGUGUGCUCAAGAUAACAUUGAGAAGCCUUCUGGAUCUAAAACCAUCAAGUCAUUAGCAGGUUCUACAGUUGCUAAAGGUAACAGAAAAUUUUUGGAAACAACAGCUAUAGAUGUACCAGAUCCUGACUUCCAUGAUUUUUAUAAGGAUCGAACUGAAAUAUCUUUCUCUGAAAAUCAAGUAUGGGCUGUGUAUGAUAACAAUGACGGGAUGCCUCGAUGUUAUGCAAUGAUUCACAGCGUCAUCUCCCUGAAUCCGUUCAAGAUGCAAAUCAGUUGGCUCAACCCAAAUACGAACAGUAAACUGGAACCUAUUAAAUGGGUUGCUUCAGGCUUUUCAAAAAUUUGUGGGGAUUUCAGAUUGAGCAGACCUGAAAUCUGUAGCUCGACCAAUUUUUUCUCCCACAAGGUUAGAUGGAGAACAGGUGCUGAUGGGGCUAUUUGUAUAUAUCCCAGGAAAGGGGAUGUUUGGGCUAUAUACAGGAAUUGGUCUCCUGACUGGGAUGAGCUAACACCAGACGAAGUUGUACACAAGUUUGAUGUGGUUGAAGUACUUGAGGAUUUUGUUGAAGGGCAUGGCAUAGAUGUUAUUCCUCUGAUCAAAGUGGCUGGAUUCAGGACAGUAUUUCACUACCACUUAGAUCCAAGAGAAAUUAGGAUUAUUCGGAUGGAAGAGAUGUUUCGAUUCUCUCAUCAAAUACCUUCAUAUGUACUCACUGGUCAAGAAGCUCCAGAUGCUCCAAAGGGUUGCAGGGUGUUGGACCCAGCUGCUGCUCCAUUUGAAUUUCUUCAGGUAAUAGAAGUUGUGAAGGAGGAAGAUAUGGCAGAUUAUGAGGAUACUGAUGUCAAGGAAACAAGAGAUAACAUGAAAAAAGAUAGUAACAAGGAAAUGAUCAAUGGUAUGGUAAAAUUGGUGGAAGAAAAGAAGGGAAAGGACGAAGACAUGCAGGAAAUGAAAACAAGUGACAUCAUGAAAAAGGCUAGUAAGGAGGGAAUAAUGGGAAAACUUGGGGAAGAAAAGCAGCGAAAGGACGAAGCCAUGUAG